AGAUACAGUUUCAAAUGCGAUAACCGAGUCCAUUGAAAAUCUUAAUAGACCUGAACGGAACGUUAUACCGAUUCUCUUAUCGCAAAAUCAGAAGAGAUGAGACGAAAGGUGUCCAACGAUAUCGUUAAGAAUAUUACGUUCCGUCACACUGUACGGUAGUCUGCUCUCGACAGCGACGAUUGGCUGAUUUACCGUCCUCCCCUUCAUUUCGACCAUUUAUUUUGAUCAUCUGUGUUAAUGACAGCAAGUUAUACGUACAAAACAGAUAUCUCCUUUUGGCUUGUCACCGCGUGCUUCGUUUCAACUUUUCCUUCCAAUUCUCUCUACUCUAUUCGCACUUGCAGUAACAAUAUAUUUCACGAGCGUCACUAUCGAAAUAUGAACGUACUAUAUUAUACCAGUAAAAAUUGCAAGUAAUUGUGCUAAACUGUUUUUCCAGCCAUUUAAUUAUAACUAUAAACAAUAACGCGUUUCUUUGGUGUUGGUGCAUUGUGUAUUCCCGUUUGUGAGAAGAUUCAACAAUGUCGAGAUGAUUUGUAACUGGAAGAAUAAGAAUGGAAAUACAUGGUGAAUCAUUAACAGAAAAGCAGUCGAGCAAACUUACGCCAAGCCCGGUUAAUACAAUACUGAAUAGCCUGCCAUUUAAAUUUAAAUAAAAUGAAUGUAAUGACAAAUGUACGAUUCCUCAUUACGCUAAGUGAAACACUUUCUUCAACAUGUCUUAAGCUCGUGACCUAUUAACGAUCGACCGAUCGUAGUUUGUUGACUCGACAUCGGUUUAUCGCAAGAGGAUGCUUUGUUUACCGAUGAUAAUAAUUUCUAUGAUCACGCAUAAUGUAUUCUUAAAUUAAAUUAAAGGUGAGAAGUAUCGAAGUAUUCUGACCUUUUGUUUAAGAACACGCAGUUUUCCUUUUAAAUGUUCAACGAUCGUGACAGAACUCCUUUCACGGGAGAGUUUAUUUGAUACAUAGUGGAAGAAAAAUUUAAUUCUCCCACUGUAUCACUCAUCAUGGAAACGUCGGACGACGGUACAAACUAUCUCCAUGACUUUUGGAAGGAUUGGGACUUGGAGAAUUUAACAGAAGCCGAAUAUUUAGCCAAGGUGCUUGGACCUAAGUAUUUGCCUCUGAAGAUGGUAAUACCGUUAACGAUAGCGUACGUGACAAUUUUUGUGACUGGUAUUUUUGGAAACGUCACGACAUGCAUCGUAAUUAUAAGAAAUCCUUCGAUGCAAACGGCCACCAACUACUACUUAUUCAGUCUGGCUAUAUCCGAUCUUACUCUACUUAUGUUGGGAUUACCUAACGAGCUGAGCCUCUUUUGGCAACAAUACCCAUGGGCCCUAGGAGUCGGUCUUUGCAAAAUCAGAGCAUACGUAUCGGAAGUAUCUUCUUACGUAUCAGUCCUUACGAUAGUAGCCUUCUCUAUGGAAAGAUAUUUGGCGAUUUGUCACCCGCUUCGCGUUUAUACGAUGAGUGGCUUGAAAAGACCGAUACGCUUCAUUUUGGCUGCGUGGUCGAUUGCCUUGAUUUCUGCUAUACCAUUUGCAAUCUACACGAAAGUCAACUUGGUCGAAUAUCCACCAGGUUCCGGCAAUUACUCGGCUAAUUCCGCGAUUUGCGGCAUGUUGUUGCCCUAUAUGCCAAAUUUCCCUCUGUACGAGUUGAGCAGCAUCAUAUUUUUCUUGAUACCGAUGCUGGUUAUCUUGGUGGUGUAUACCAGGAUGGGCGCGAGAAUCAGGAACAGUACAAAUGAUGCUAUGAACUCGGUGGUGCAGAGCGCCAUUCACGGUGACUCGAGACAAAUUCAGUCUCGAAAGUCCGUGAUCAGAAUGUUAACUGCGGUUGUUAUUUUAUUCUUCGUUUGUUGGGCACCGUUCCACGCUCAGCGGCUGCUUUACAUUUACGCGCAAGAAUCUGACUAUUAUCCAGACUUGAACGAAUGCCUGUACAUUUUAAGCGGAUGUCUCUAUUACUUCAGCACAACCGUCAAUCCGAUUUUAUACAACUUAAUGAGCAUGAAGUAUAGAAAAGCGUUUAAACAAACGAUCUGCUGCAAAACGAGAAUGACAGGCAGGAGGAGUUGGGUGACCGGGGAGUCUCAAGUGCGUAAUAAUAGUUCGAGCGAGAAAGCGCGGAACUUCAGGUGUUCAGUGAGGUACACUAUCAGUCAGGCGAAAGAGAUGUUUCGAUUUACUGCGAGUCGAGAAACUGUGACUAGAGAUGGAAACACGAACGAUAAUGUCGCCCGUAAAUCAUACGUGCUGAAAAAGGAAGAUUCCACGUCGAAACCGCUUCUCAAUCGAACGCACUCAGUUAUUCAGGAGGACAAGAAUUCUGUAUGUAACACGAACGAGGAGAAGUCUGGCUCUACAACUAGUAGCUUUUUGUAAUUUAAGUUGUACAUUGUUAGGUGUUAAAAGUUAUUGUACAUAAUA